UAGCUUUAGCCAGUUCUUUUUGUGUUUUGACAAGCUGCUUCUGACAACAGGUGGAACGUGGAGAGCCGCAGACAUCUGAGCUGGAGUAAAUACGCGAUGGCAGAAAGAUAACAACAUGAAAAUCCAGACAACCCCUUUGCAAUUGGAAGAGGAUGGGAUUUCCCACCGUGCUUUUGUUUCCUGUGAGCAGAAAACUUCAAUCACUUCUCUGCUCUGUCUUCAUUGGCCCCUUUAGUAUCCCACAAAGCUUCUCACCGAGUCGUCUGAUUGGUCCUUCAGACCCCUGUGAGGACUGAUCUGCCAAUCGCUGUUAGUUUCGCAGCGGCUCUCCUCUGCAGCUCAGCAUUCUCAGGACAACGGGAUAAAAAGAGGAGAUCUCAGUUCACCGCAGCUGAUUCAGGAUUUUGCAGAAGCGAUCUCCGUCAUGGAAGUGUCCGGUAGACCAAACCCAUCGCCCUUCAAACUCCACAAAUCAGCCUCUACUCCUCUUCGCUAUUCAGGUGCAGUGAAGAAGGUUGUCAAGAAAAAUCAAACAAAGGAAAGUGGAAAUAAAAAGAAGGACAAUCAAGUUGAAUAUGACAAUGCUAGCUCUGAAGAGGAGACAGCAGAAGAUUUAGUGCUUAAACCAACUACUGAUUCUUCAGAACUUGCAGAUGCAGGUGCUCAUCAAAUACGUUUAAGACUUCCCUCAGAGGACAGUUUCUCAGAGGAGACAUUGGUGUCACAGGAAAGGCUGGCAGAGGAAGCAAAGAAGAAGAGUGAAGAGGAGGAAGCGGCAGCAAAAGAGAGGCAAGCUCAGAGACAGGUGAUGGCCAUCGAAGAGCUGGUCCAAUCAGAGAAGAGUUACCUCAAAAUGCUGCAGAUCUGCACUGUAAAUAUCAGGAACAGCUUGAACAACCUCCAGCCUCCUCCACCAAACCUGGACAGUCUGUUUCUGUACACAGAGGAGGUGAUGAAUGUGUCGAGCCGCCUCCUCUUCAAGUUGGAGCAGAAGCAGCUCAAGCCUAAAAACCCAGAAUUUCUAGAAAAUCUCUGUGCUUCAUUCCUCAGCCUCUCCUCUGAAAUCGAAGCAGCAUACAAAGAAUACUUGUGGAACUACAAUCAUAUCUCGUUAGUGGAGAAUGACUACAAACAGAACGAGACACUUUGGAGUGACAUUAUUAAAGUCGUAAAGUCAGCAGCACCUGAAGUCAAUGCCACCUCUCUGAGUUUCUUCUUGGUAAUGCCAGUGCAGCGGAUUGCGCGCUACCCUCUCCUUCUGCAGACCAUCCAGAAACACACCGACCCCUCUCACCCAGCGUACGCCCUCCUGGAGCAGACUGCUAACACCUCCAUCGCCCUGAACUGUAACAUCAAUGAGUACAAACGGUUCAGAGAAGUUGCUGAUAAAUACAAGAAGACUGAAAACCUGACCAUUAUGGACAAGAUCAACCGGCUCAGCACGCACAGCAUCGCAAAGAAGACCGCAAGGUUCAGUCAGUACAUCAAACAUGAGACUGGAAUGGCACCAAAGCUGGUGGAUGAAGAGUUUGAUACCCUUGAAGGUUUCUUUAACAUUCUGGAAUAUGGGAUCCUGGUGCUUCUGGAGAAUGUGGAAACUUACCUUUUCCACCUGCAGAGGUUCCUGGAAUGUAAGACAGAAGAGUUUGACUUUGACAUGGAUGGUGAAAAGGCCCCUGUUUGCUACAAGGAGAUCCACACUGCACUCAGACAGUGGAUCCUUCCAAUGUUUGAAAAAAGGAUGAGGACCCUGAUUCACAAGCCACUCUGUGAACUGCGGGACCUCCUGGUGGGACCGAAGAACCUGAUUAGAAAACGACUCCACAAGCUGCUUGACUAUGAAGUGAUAGAGGGAAAACCCAAACUGAGCUACGAGGAACAGGCUGUGGCCAACGCAUACAAGACAAUCAACACAUUGCUCCUCAACGAGCUUCCUCGCUUUAAUGGCCUCGCUCUGCAGAUGAUCUGGAGAAUGUUGGGGACGUUCAGCUGCUUGCACAGAGACCUCGCUGCAGACAUGGAGCAGCUCUUUCAGGGCUUUGCACUACAGCUUCCUCACAGUUCCUAUCAUCCAACGGAAUUCCAGGAGUGGGUAGAGACUGCUGUGCUUGAAGGAGCCAGGAAUUUGGACAUUUUAUGCCAAAGUGUGCAAGAAACCCUUAAUUCUCCAGCUGUCCAGCCUCUGAGCCCGUCGUGUCAGCGGCGCCUGCAGCAGCUAACAGAUAAGCACGGCUCCGGUAAGAUCUUCCAGGUCACAAACACAGUGGUGGGAACCCGGGACUUCGACCUGAAUCUGACCAAGGGGGACUUUGUUGCCCUCAUCAGCGAGUUCGACACCCGUGGAGACAAACGGAGGUGGCUGGUUGAUUCAGGAGCAAAGAAAGGUUAUGUUCCUUCAUCGAAGCUCAUUCGCUAUCACCAAGCAGCAGAGGACCCGCCCCCCUCGCCAUUCCUUCCUACGCCGGGAAACAUGAUGGCGUUCAGGAGACACUCCUGCAUCCCAGAUCCCCAAGUUGUCCACGUCACAAGUCAGCCUUUAUUCCAGGUGGUCGCUGCCUAUGACUUCAUGGCGAGGGGAAGCCAUGAAGUAUCGGUCCGUGCCGGUGAACCCGUCCGGGUCCUGGAGUCACAGGACAAACGAGGGAACUCCGAGUGGAGCCUGGUGGAGGCCAGAGGUCAGAGAGGCUACGUGCCCUCCAAUUACCUCACCAGGAUGCCUGUUGGCACAGGGUCACUGGCCCCUCCACUCUACUAGGAAAACACCAUGUUCUGUGAAUACUACAACAUUUUGUCAUAAACCUGCAGCUGCAUCCUCAAAAACACUUUAAGUAGAUUUAUUUUGUGUCAAACAGGAUUUUAAACUACAUGUAAGAACAAUUGUGAGCAAGUUUAAAUAAAUGACCACUGAGGUGUUUCCUCACAGCCUUCCAUAAAGAAAACAACUUUCUUCAAAAUCAGGAGAAAAUCUCAUUUAAAUUUAAAGUUUUAUGGCUUUUUUGGCCUUUGCUGGGUAAGUGGAUACAUUUAAAGUUAACUACAUGCAGUUUCAAAAACAAAUUCAAACAAGUUAGACGUAAUUUUGUUUUCUUUUUUUGUCACCAACAGAAGUGCAGCAGAUUGUUGAACUUGCAGGUUCCAUUAUUUUGAUAAGCUUUUUUCUGUUUUGUUUUAAAAUGUGUAUAAUAUUUUCUUUUUAUUGUUAUUUUUAUUUUUUGCCAUCUCACAAACUCUCAUACACUGUAGCUAAACCUCACAGCCUGCCAUUAGAAAGGUCCGGGCUCAAGUAGCCAGAAUUUGUGCAAUAGAAAAUCUUGAUAUUUCUUAUGCCUCAAUGUGGAUUUUGCUUUUUGUUUAUUUUAUGAUUCUCAAGUUUUCAGAUAUGGCACUGGAUAAAAAUGAAGGAAGCUGCUGCUACGUAGCUAACUGGUCUCUGAUGCCUUCCUCAUGGGCACUGAAGAAGAGUAGCGGCUUACUGUGAAUGUAGCAUGACGUACAAUCUUGAACUCUGGUAAAUUCUGGCGGUUUUUAUUAGUGCCAGUGGUCGGUUUGGACAGCCCUUCUGAUCUGAAGAAAAAGAAAGAAUAUCAGGACUAACCUUGACUCAUUUCCCAUGAUCCUCAGCAGGAAAGAAGAGCAUAGCAAUUGAAAAAGAUAGACAGCGUGUUCUCAUUAGAGGCUCUCUGUGUCAGUGAGGGAACUACAACAGCGAGACAUUGAGAGCAAACGGUUGAUGUGUGCGUCCUGUGUGCUGACAGGUGACUGUGUGUGGGAAUCUCUCCCUCCUCCUCACCUGGAAGCAGUGCCAGCAUUGUAUUGAGACUGGCAGGUACACAACGUUCUCAUAAUCUCACACGUUGUAAUGGGAUGUAAGUGCAAAAUAUCUCAGCGGCUGAGUUGAAGGGAGCUGAAACUGAGAUUUAUUCUCAGGAAAAGUUUCAGGAGGUGAUUUGUUACCUUUGUUUAAACUCCCUCAGCCCCCAUUACAGCAAAGAUCGUCAUUUCUUGGACAUAUUUUACUUAACAAGGUUUAUGUAAUGGAUAUAAAACAGUCCAGGCAGGACAGAGGUGACCUACUUCUGUCUUCAAACACACCUGAUAAUGGUUGUUGCUAUGGAUACAGUUUAAUCAGUGUAGAUCAUGCGUCUCUGUAGCGUUUUUUUCAAGUUGUUGAGACAUUGCAGGAUUAAGUUUGAUAUAGUAUGUCAAGGUUUUGAGGCCAAAGAUGAUUUAAUUCCAGCAGAUUCUUACAAUCUCUCAAAAUGAAAGAAUAUAUAAUAACUAAAAGAUUUUACAAUAAUAUCCACCUUUAUUUUCUAUAUAAAUAGUAAAAACAAUAUAGAUAAAUGUAGCUUUUUUAAUUUAAAUAUGAAUAUAUACUUGAUCUGAUAUUGUGAAUAAAUAAUUACCUGCUGAGUUGAUUGAUUAUUCAAAAUUUGGAAACAGUCAGGCUUGUGGAUUUUGCCACCAUGUAGGUUAAAAGACAUUAAAGCAGUGAUAAUCCUUCAAACUGGAACAGUUUCUUUCUUUCAGAAAGACAUUUGCACAGGCCUUCAGUGGCCAACAUGGCAACCAGACUUUGUGUUCCUAAAAAUCUCCUGACAAGUUGCAUUUACUGCUGUGUAGCAGAGGGAGCCUCGGCGCAGUCCAAGCUGCUCAGCUGGAUCUCAUCUCUCUCCAUCAGUUUGAAUGUCAGAUUGGAGCAGAGCAGCAGGAGGCUCAGCAAAAGCAUGCAGUGGUACUCCGCAAAAUGUCACUGUAGCAAAUGUCCCUAAGGUUAGCAGGAAGAACACAGAAAUUCCUCAACCCCUGAGAAUGAUGAGUUAAAAGCAGCCAAGAAAGGCCAUCACAACAGGAAGGAUGAUUAGUAAGAAAAUGACUUCAAACUGGAUACGUUUGUGUAAAUCAUGCAAAUAACAAAAAAGUAGUUUGAUUUAGAUUAUAUUUUGUGUCUUAUGUCUUAUAAACCUGAGUAUUUGCAUGUGCAUUAUGCAACCUAAACUUACUUACUGUUGACAUCUGAAACCACUUGCCAAAACCUGGAUUAUAUACUUCCAGAGUUAGAGAUUUUUGACCUGAAACAGCUGUUGUUUUUCUAUACUUUCACCACUAGGGGGAGUGUGUGAUACUGUUUGUGCCUAAUCUUUUUGAGUACACCGUGUUACUGUUAUAUAGGUUUGUUUGUUUAACAUCAUUACCAUUGUCAGUAUUUAUCCUGACAUGACCUGAGCUCUAUAAUGACCCAGAUUCUGUAAUUUUUGUUUAUACUAUUAAUGUGACAAAUUAACCUGCUGAUAAUGUUGGUUUCUAAUUUGUACUGCAGUGCUCUUUGUAAUUUAUUAUAAUGUAAUUAUGUUAAACCCUGUUGUGAUUUUAACUUAUUGGAUGCUUCAGGGCCAUUCUGAAGCAUGAAGUCCUUGGAAGUGUUGCCAGCGUUGUGCUGUUGAGCUCAUUCACUCACACAUGUAUUUGCACAGCAGAUGGGAGUCUCUGCAGUGCAGCAGCACUGUGUCAGGGCAGCUGUGAUCUGGUUUCGAGGCUUCAAUAAAACGGCGCUGAAACCUG